UGCGUUGAAACGACAGGAGCAGCGACAACGAGGGGAACAGAGCGGAGGCGGAAGGUUUUGGAUGUAACACAAAAUGUCUGCCACCAGGUACCGUCGCUUCCUGAAGCUGUGUGAGGAAUGGCCCCGGAACGAAGCCAAGAAAAACCGGGACCUGGGAACGUUUCUGCGACAGAGAGUAGCCACAGCCUUCCGCGAGGGUGAAAACACACAGAUUUCAGAUCCAGAGAAGUGUGACCACAUGUAUGAAAGUUUGGCCCGCAUUAAUGAUAAUUUCUACAGACAACGAUUCCCUCGUGUAAGAGACACAAGCUUUACUGGAGUUACAGUGGAAGAGUGUAAAUUGAUUUUGUCAGGAAAUCUGCAGCAGAUGGACGAGGAAAAACCGGGUUUGUGGAAGAAGUUCAUGGAGAGAUUCUCCAAAUCACCAGAAGACUUUCCAGUGAAAGCCCUGGAAAAAUAACUUCUCUUCUUUUUCUUUUUUCAUUACAUGUAUAGAAUUAAAGCUCAUUGUUAACUUAAAAGGA